CGCGCUUUCUUUCAGUACAGUUUCAGUCUUGCUUUGACCACGCUCCGAGCUCCCGCGUCGCGCGGACUUUGAACCGUACAGUGAAUUGGACGCGGGAUGAGCGAGAAUCGCAAAACGGAGGUAACUCCGUUUGAGGAUGCCCUGGACAAGACGGGCAACGGAGUAUACAACAUUCUACUGGUGAUCACAUGCGCCUGGAUCCUAAUGGCCAUCGGCGUGGACCUGUUCGGGUUCAGUUUAGUGGUCGCUACGGCCUGUGACCUGGACCUUACGGUCGCUGAGAAGGGGAUAUUGACAUCACUACCUUUUGUGGGUAUACUUCUAGUCUCCUAUGUGUGGGGCUAUGUGUCCGACACGCAAGGCCGACGGUUCUCACUGGUGCUGUCUCUGCUGGCGGCCUUCGUGCUGUCAUGUCUCACCAGCGUGUCUCCCAACUGGCUGUUCCUCGGGAUAGUCAAGUUCCUCUCUGUCUGCUUCUCAUGCGCCGCGAAUUCGGCCACGUACACAUUGGUGGGUGAGUCGUGCAUCCAACGCGUGCGCAGCAAAUACAUGCUGUUGAUGACAUGUCUGCUGCUGCUGUCGCCUGCCGCUGCAGCUGUCCUCACCUACCCAACCCUGAAGCUCAAAUUUGCAGCCGAGCUUACCUGGUUCCACGUAGUCUUCACCCCCUGGCGACUUCUCAUCAUCGUCCUGGCCAUACCCUCUGGCAUCGGCGGCUUGGCCAUCUACUUCUUCCAUGAGAGCCCCAAGUUCCUGGCCAAUAUUGGCAGGAAGGAAGAUGCGUUGGAUGUCAUGAGGAGUAUCUAUGCUUUUAACCAUAGGUGUGCUAAGGAUAGCUUUAAGGUAAAAGCCCUCGAGCUAGGCGAGGAGCCGUCGCGCAAGCAAAUGUCCCUCCUCCGCUCCAUGUUCGAGCAGAGCGCCCCCCUCUUCCGCCCCCCGCUGCUGUGGCGCACGCUGCAGCUCUUCUACAUUGUCGCCGUGGUGUACAUCACUAACAACAGCUUCCUAAUAUGGCUACCGCAGAUCUUCAACCUGGUGAUGAUGUCCAUGGAAACUGGGACGGCAGAGGGCAAUAAUAUCUGCACACUCAUCUCACAUCGCAACAUUACACGGAAUAUUACGGAUAAUUACAGUAAUUCUACGGCGGGUACUGUUGAGAUUUCCCCAAACGCCUGCCUCGGCUACAUAGAAGACAACGUGAUCCUCACCCUCAUCGCGUCCCAAGCCGCCUUCUCAUUCCUAAACUUUAUCAUCUCCUACCUCCCCAACCACCGCAAGACCGUGUUAUUGACGAUCUUAUCCCUGUCAUCUUUGAGUGGUGUUUGCUGUAACCUGAUGCCGGAGCCGGUCUCGAGCGUGUUCUUCUUCGUGUUGUUUACGUGUACUUGCCUAGGGAUGGGGAUUUUGGCGUCGUUUUUUGUGGAUUUGUAUCCGACUUCCUAUAGAGGAAUGGUGGCCUGCCUGAGCAUAAUGGUGGGCCGGAGCAGCACUUUCAUUGGUAUCAACUUGGUGGGAAACCUUAUUUUCCACCACUGCCAAGUCACCUUCUAUUUCUGGUCACUACUGGUUUGGAGUAGCGUAGUAGCGGCUUGGUUCCUGCCGCCCGACAAAGUCAAGCCUGAAGUUAAGAUCACUGCUAUGUAAUUAUGCACCUUACAGUUAUUGAAACAAGGACUGUCUGUGAUUUUAGGAUAGUGCCGUUAGUACAAUUAAAUGCCCUCCAAAACGAAGGUACAACGCUUGAUACACGUACCUUACAUAAUUCAGUCCUAACUAGAAACCUAGCAUCCUAAAAGUUCCUGGUUAGUUCAGUCAGACUAUACUUAUUAGGUUACUUUUUUGGAUGCUUAAUUACAUAUGGUGAUAAGUCAUUUAGGAUGCUGAAUUAUGUAAGGUCUCAUGCCUUUAAUGGUGGUGACACACUAGCUGUUUAUAACAUCGUGUGACUGACAACAUUGUCCUUGCCGCACAAUAUAACAUUUACAGCAAGUGUGGGAACAACACAGUUAAAGAUUUUCCUGAAAGGGUGUACUUAAGGAAAAUAAGGCAGAAAAUAUUCGUGAAUUUAGAUCGUAUCAUUCACGAAGACGCGUGCCUGAGCAAGUUAGAUUAGACAAAUGUGCGCGUCAUCGUGGACGAAACAAACUAUAUGGUCAGUAAACUAUUACGUCGAUAGUUUACUUUAAAAGCUGUGACGUACAAUGCAACGCUAUGUACGAAAUUAAAUAAUGUGGUAUGUAUAGCGGCGGCUGAUAGGAAAAUCCGCCCGAUCGUAAAGUUUUGAAGGAACUUACAUUAAACCAAUAGAUAGCUAGGAUAGGUUCGUUAAGUUGCUCCAGAUGUCUGAAAGGCAAACUGUCCAGAAACAGGAGCUCCGCUACGCGGCGCUUCGUCGACUCAGGGAAUGAGACAAUGACUCACUGACUCAAUAACUCGUUUCACUAUACGCCUAGAAAUUUCAUGAUCUAGCGGAUAUUGCGAUCGGCCGCCGACAUGUACAACUAUUACUUUAGUGUACAUGAAUCUUUAAACGAACUCUCCGUCGGCCAAUGUGUUAAUCCAAAUGUGUCGAUUACUAGUGGGUCUGCAAGGGUGUCCAACAUGACAAUCGUACAUCGACAAACGCUAAUCUUUUGCAUACAUUAUUUUACUUUCAACUUUUUCUAACGACUGCCAAUUGGAUGCCCCUGGGUGUACUUAAAACGGCGUCAGUAUAUUACAUUAUGCGCUGUAAAUAUUUAAGUUUAUUGUUAGUUAAUAAUUACCAUUGCUGUAUAGGUAGUUAGGGAGUGUAAGAUGUUAGAAUAUAUGUGCGAACGUGUGAUUUAUUUCUUGUUAAGGUCAAUGUGAAGAAAUGAAGAAGACCGUACAUCAGGUAACACCGUCUACAUGCUCUUUGAUGACUUUUAUAGAUCGUGUCAUUCAAGAAAAUGCGUGUUUUGACUCUUAUUUUCAUGUUAUAAAAGGUUAGAUUUGACAAAUCAGCGCGUCAUCGUGGAUGACACGGACUAUAUAUAUUAUAACUCUUGCUUUUGUACACAUACACUUAUAGAACAUCGGUACAGCAGAAGAAACUUAGCUAUUCCUUUCUUUGUGUGAGCAAUGGACACAUGUAUACACAAAUACGAAACUUCUUAACCCUAUGACGAUCUUCCCAUUAAAAAAAACGAAACUUUAUGUUGCUUUUAUUGUCGUUUAACAAACAGCUCAAGCGUAUUCCAGUUUAUAUUUAGGUUAUUUAUUAGUUACGAUGCAACGAAUACAACGUGAGAAUUUAGCCGUUGGCUCUCGGUCUAUUUAGUGAUCUAACUUAAUUAUAUUUUAGUGAAAUUAUAAAUAGACUUAUAUCAAUAUAAAGGCCAAACCACACUGGAGACGUAACGCAGCAUAACUUCGGUUCCUUAGGUAUACGUGUGCUUGUACCUGCCGGUUCUGGGCUAUAACCGCGAAAAUCGAAGUUCGUCAACGCAUUUUUCUCUGUCACUCUAAUUACAACUUAGUGAGAGUAAAUGAGAAAGAUCCCCGCAAUUUGCGAAUUUCGGUUUUCACGGUAGGCCUCCAGACUCAGAUCAUAGAAAGUACUAGAUGGCUGACGGAGGCGUGGCGCGUGUCGCCGCGACAUGGCCACAUCGUGGCCAUACCGGCCCGCCGUAAGACAGUAGCAAAUUAGCUGUCAUUGAACAAUGUGCGCGUCAAUUUUAUUGAAAUGCCGAAUUAUAGCGUUAUUUUGUGUCGAAAUAGGAGUGCAUCCAAAAACUAUAAGGAUCAUGGAGUUACAUACCACAUUUUUUUUCACGUAUUAGUCAAUAAAACCACACAUUUUAACAAAUAAAUCCAGUGACAUGUGAUUUUUCUGAGUCAGACCAUGUUGUCAUACAAACGCGUGGCAAUUUAUCUAUGCAUCCUACAUUGACGCUUUGGCAUGGAAAACUAUUUGUAGUGUCCAUAGCAACGGCGCAAUGCAUUAAACCGCUAACGAUAUUCACAGGGGCAUUAUUAUUUCUUGGUACGACCGCCAACCGCUCCCUUCAUUGACGCCGCGAAGUAGAGUGGUGCUCGUGCAUAUAAUUGAUCUUUGAGCGUUAUCGAUAAAAAUGUUUGGAUAUAGUGUGUAUGAAAGUAAUUAUUUUUCAAGUAAAAUUUUAUAUGCACCUAAUGUUUAAUUUAAUACUUAUUAAUUUGGUUUAAAAAUCGAAUAGGUAAGCCAAAAAAUAAACUGAUUUAAUUAAGUACAAUUUAUUUAUAACAUUAUAGUUUAUACCUAUAAGUAUAUUUUAUUCAGGUUCUUAGCAACGAUUCAAAUAACUGCACUAGGUAUAAUCAAAUAUGUUCAUGAUUGCAAUUUUUUUCAGUUUCCCGAAAAAUUCCAGUAUUAAAAAAAAAUGGAUAGAUGCUACAGGUAGAGGGCCCUAACUGGUUUACGAGCGAGAAAAGUGUUAUUUGUUUGGAUCAUUUUCAAGAAAAAUGUUUCCAGUUACACUUCACCUCAUUUAUAUAACGAUAGAAUAUAAAUAUGUUUAAAAUAA